AAAUUAUUAAAUCUUCUUCCUUCUUGUCUUCUUAGCGUUUACCAACCAAAUAAAUAAAGAUGGCGAAGGUGGUAGAUGCAUGAGCCUCAUACACCACCACAACUCUCCAAACACAAUUAAAACUCUUCUUUAUCUCUCUCUUCUGUUCAACAAACGAAACAACCAAAUCCAGAAUUAUAUAAAACCUUGUUGUGUCACUCACCACCUUCUUAAGAGGAGAAAAGUAAAACAUUCAAAGGUACAAUAUGGUGAGCUCACGGAGGCGUAGGCUAUUGGGUCUCUGUUGUGGACCAAAUGGUUAUGUGACACCGCUUCCUUUUCUAACUGCCGAGGAGAUGAUCACUGGGAUUCCAAAUCCUAAUGCCAAAGCAGCCUAUAGUCUCGGACCAGCAGAAACGGUUAACGAGCCUAAAGAGGAGAAAAUGCCUAUUGAAGAAGCUGGUCGAAGAACUCGGUCGAAACAUAUGCAUUUCAGUUUUGACUACUCAGAUAUGUCUCCGGUUGAUUCUGAUUCCAUCUCACCAAAAUGUGAGCAGAAUAUAUGUGUUCCAGACCAGCCGCUGAAACGAAGAAAGCGGCAUAAAAGAAAACAAGUACAUAACCAAGAACCAUGUUUAAUGAGAGGAGUCUACUACAAGAACAUGAAAUGGCAAGCCGCCAUUAAAGUCGAUAAGAGACAAAUCCACUUGGGUACAUUCUCUUCUCAAGAAGAGGCUGCUCGUUUAUACGAUAGGGCUGCUUUCAUGUGUGGAAGGGAACCAAACUUUGCGCUAUCGGAAGAAGAUAAACGAGAACUCAAACAGCAAAGCUGGGAAGAGUUCUUGGCUUGCGCACGCCGAACAAUUACUAAUAAAAAACCAAAGAGAAGGAUAGAACAUGAGGAUAAGGAGAUCAAUGUAAGCAUGUUACGUUGUCCUCCUGAAGAAGAAGAAGAAAAAGAACAAGAAUAACACGAUUCAGCAUUUGUAAACAAAAUGAGACUGUUCCUGCAGAUGAUACAACAACUAGACUCAAAUACAGAAAACAUGUUGAAUACAAGAAAGCUCAACAGCUAUAUUAAAGUCGAUAGAAUUUUUUUUGUAGUUAUAUUGAUUCAGCCAUUAUAAUAUGGAUAGAAAGAAAAGAAAAAAAAAACUCAUGGCAAGGGCAUUAUAACUUGAUAA